GUCACAUGACCUCCUCCUCAGCCUCUCACUUCCUGCUUCACGGUUGUUUUUCUGCGGUACAAAACAGCGACUCGGUUCGGCUCUUUGGCCACCAAAAACGGCUCAAAACCUGACUUUGGCCGUUGCUGCCGGAGAAGAAAAAACCCUCCCGGUCGCACAGCUGCCAGCCUGAACCUUCCGGUGUUUUUUUUUCUGAGCUGCCGAGAGAUGAGCUCCGGAGGGGCGGGUAGCUAGCAGGCAGACGAACCGACAACACGUCUCUGAAAACGGAGCGAACGCAGGUUUAAAUCCGUUAGAAAGAGCAGCUAAUCGGUUAAUUUCUGCCUCAAACGUUAGCGGCAAGUGGCGGCUUUUUAACGGUUUGCUGCCAGUGGUAUGUCAAAGUACACAAGCUUUCCGGAGCCGAUGGACGACCAGAACCCUUUCCAGGACCCUGCAGUGACUCAACACAGCAGCAACACAGGCUAUGCCACACUGGACCUGUACAACCCAUUUGAUAAUACAACCGGGCCUCCGCCGCCGUAUGAAGCCACCUCUCCCUCUGCUCCACCUGUUCCUGCACAGACUCCACCCAGCAGGACGACACCUACAGAGCCUCGCAACUAUGGCUCCUACAACUCCCAGACUGCGGUGAAUGCUACCACAGCAGAACUCCUGAGGAAGCAGGAGGAGCUGGAGAAGAAAGCCCGGGAGCUGGAGAGGAGAGAGCGGGAGCUGGAGUCACACAGCCUGGGAGCUGGAGCCUCCCGUCAGAAUAACUGGCCCCCACUACCUUCGUUCUGUCCGGUGGGCCCCUGCUUCUACCAGGACAUCAAUGUGGAAAUCACCCAGCGGUUCCAGCGUACCGUCACCAUCAUGUACUACUUCUGGAUGUUCUCUACCGGCACCAUGUUCUUCAACCUGAUCUCCUCCCUGGCGAGGUUCUGUGUGGAUCCCAGCGGUGGUGUCGGCCUCGGCCUCGCCAUCCUCUGGGCGCUCCUCUUCACUCCCUGCUCCUUCGUCUGCUGGUAUCGACCCAUGUACAAAGCCUUCAGGAGUGACAGCUCCUUCAACUUCUUCGUCUUCUUCUUCGUCUUCUUUGCCCAAGUGUGUGUUUAUGUCAUAAUGACCAUCGGCAUUCCUGGAUGGGGGUUCAGCGGCUGGAUUGUGAGCCUGGCUGCUCUGCAGAUCAAUGUCGCCGUUGGUGUGAUCAUGAUGAUAAAUGCCAUCCUCUUUAGUGCCCAAACCGCCAUGGGGGUCGUCAUGCUGAAGAAGAUCCACAGUCUGUACAGGUCAACUGAUGCCAGCUUUCAGAAGGCCCAGGCUGAGUUCGCCACCGGAGUCAUGUCCAAUCAGGCCGUACGCCAGGCCGCUGCCAACGCUGCCCAGGGGGCCUUCACCGCACCACGAUAGAGAGGAAGCAACAGGGCUGGCAGGGCGAGACGUGGAGGAGGCGAAGGGUCUCCACGGGUUGAUAAAAGAUGAGUUAAGUAUUUAUUUCCCCACAGGUGAAUUGAAUUUGAUAAAACUUCAGGGCACUGCAUGAGACAGAUGUGGGGUUGUCUAAUUUCUGAGACGUGUACAGGACCAGUUAGCUACGUUGCCAAAUCAGGAGUCGACUAAGAAAUCACGCACGUUGAUUCAGGAAACGGAAAGAAGAUGUGAAUAAAAACAAGAUGCUGAAGCUGCAUGAAGUUUGAUGCAGCCGUAGAGUGUCCGCGAAUGCAGGGAACAUAUGAAAAGAGAAGCUGUGUGCCAAGUGGGAUGUAGUACUAGCCUGGAUGUUUACCAUGUUUGUUGUGUUUCUAAGAGGCCACAUUUAAAGCAAAGUGCAGGAGUGGGUCUGAACACUAAAAUGCUGCCAUUGUAACAUUUGAUCUGUAACUAAGAGGCUCAACUUUAGCCAGCACUUCUUUUUUUUUGUUGUUGUUGUUGUUGCCUAAGCGUCAAACUAACAAGUUGUUUUGUUAUUGUUACAAAUGAGAAUGCCUAUUUACUGUGUUGCCAAAAACCCUCUCAUACUGUAAAGAUUAUGAACAUGUGUUGUUUUGGUUCUGCUAUCUGUUGCUGUUCUGUCACUGCUGCUUGUGGUUAUUAUGAUUAUUACAGGUCACUGUCUUGGUUUUAAUAAAAUAUAUUGCCAUGCUUUCACAGUC